AUGGUUGGCAAAGGUAGCGAACAGAACAGUCGGAUAUUCCAUCAAUGUUAUUUAAACUGUUGCAAGCUGCAGAAUUUGACACCACUCAACUAUGUUAUACCAUCUGGAAAUGGUAAAGUUUUGGACUUCUGUGUGGACAGAAUUAAAUAUAUAGAAUGGCCCGCCAUUCUCAACGCGCUCAGCUGUGAUCUGAGUCUACAUUAUGUUUCUAUAAAAUGUCGACAACAAGUGAAAACUGUUCUAGAACACAUAGACUGCGAAAGACUAGCGAAGACUGUAAACAAACGAUGCGUCUUGCUCACGAACUUUAUGCUUACCAACUUAAUAGAAGCUAUUACACAAAUGCUAUCUAACACUACAUUGUUGACGACACUAAUACUAGAAGGAAUACCACUGAGGAUACCUUACUUGAAUCCUUUAUGUGAGACGAUCCUAAUAAACAAUUGUCUGCAACACUUACAUUUAAGUCAGUGUUUGAUCGGAGACGCGGGCUGCCUGGCAAUCUGCAAGUCCCUUAGGUGUUUACCCAACAUCCUUACGUUGAAUCUCUCUGGUUGUGAACUAACACCACUCGGUGCAGAGUAUAUUGCGGAUUUAGUCAAGUAUCAAAAAAUACACAGGUACAGUGAGAACUGGACGCACACUUUGCGCUAUCGUCUACCUGAUCUAGACACGAUGGCGGGACUGCGUAGAAUAACAGUGUGUUCCAACCCCGCGAUCGGCGACGUCGGCGUCGCUAAAUUAUUCGAAGUCCUUGCAGAUGACUUGUGGAUAAAAGCAUUGGACGUCCAAAAUUGCUCUCUCACCGAAAAGGCGGGGACUGCCGCCCUGAAUAUGUUAAAGUCCAAUACCACACUGGUAAUUCUAGACUUGAGGCACAAUGUUGAAGUGACGUGCGAGACCCUUUCAAAAAUAAGGACGGUGUUGCGGAAUCAUGAGAGAGGAACGGUGGAUCAGCUUUCGUGGCUAAGCAGUAGUAGUAGCAGCGGACAUUUGAAUGAUAGACUUAGUAAACCAGUGGCGAACAAGAAUGGUGUAAUGAAAGACAAAACUGUGACUAAUUUAAGGAGUCCACCUAAUAAGAACACCAGUAAUAAUAUAGCAAAGAAGGAAAAGGAAUACAUCGACAACCUCGAAGAACAAUUACAAGAGGAAAUAUCAUACCGACAUCAACUCGAAGAGCUAAACUUACAACUCGUUUCUCAAAUGAAAGAGAUGAAACAACAGCAAGUUAAGAUGUGGCUCAAUAAUGCGGCAUCUUCAGAAUCAGAACCUUCGCUCGGAGCAAGUUUCCCGUCAGGUGAUGUGUCCACUAGUUCUGGCUCGUCAAAUUCUGUCCCUAUUGACCAAACAACGUUGUCUUACAUACAGCAGGCCUUCAAAGACAUCUACUCGUUUAUAAAGAGUAACCAGUGCUAUGGUCAAUGUGUCAACGAAAAACCUGUGGCAAAUAAAGAAAAAAUACCAGAAGCCGCAGAAGAAUCACCGAAAUCUGUGAAAGAAUCUUCAGAAAUUAAAGAUCAAUCAUAUACAAGCGAGCUGCGCGUUAACGUCGUACCCAAGAGGGCGCAAAGCUCUCACAUUAAGAUUCGAAACAGUAAGAUGGUUAAGAAGAUGACAAAAUCGGCUCAUAUGCUAGGAGAAAAUCAGUUGAGGGUUGCCGAUGAAACCAAACCAGAGAUGUUUGAGAAACACAUGGGUGACACAAGGAAUACACAUAACGCUGAGCUUGAACUUUUGGAUGACAUUAUUACAGCACAAGUGAAAACAAGUAACGAGAAAAGCAGUCCAUGCAGUAGCGUGAGUUCAGACACAUUGGUCUGCUCUCCUCUAACGCGACGUUCUGUGGAUGAACACGAACACGCGGUGACCAUCAACCCGCGGGAAGCGUUUUACUCAUCAUCAGAAUCGGAUGAUGAGUCACAGUGA